AUGAGCGAAAUCACCAUUGGAGUUCUGGCGCUGCAAGGCGCAUUCAGCGAGCACAUCCAGCUUCUACAACAAGCAGCCAACUACAUCGAUUCAGAAGCCAAUGCGACACCACGAAAGUGGCAAUUCAUCGAAGUCCGAACCGUCGAACAACUACAAUCAUGCGCCGCCCUAGUCCUUCCCGGUGGUGAAAGUACUACAAUCUCCCUCGUCGCCGCAAGAUCUGGCAUGCUGGAGCCCCUACGCGACUUUGUCAAGGUGUCGAGAAAGCCUACCUGGGGCACGUGUGCAGGUCUUAUUCUUCUCGCCGAGUCGGCCAAUCGCACAAAACAGACGGGACAAGAGUUGAUCGGUGGACUGGAUGUGCGUGUCAAUCGCAACCACUUUGGUCGCCAGGUUGAGAGUUUCGAGGCAGCAUUGGAUCUGCCUUUCUUGGUUGAAGCGGGCGGCGAGGACUUUGCUACCAGCAACAAGCCAUUCCGAAGUGUCUUCAUCAGAGCACCUGUUGUUGAGAAGAUUUUGGCGACACAGUCGGGAGAGCAAGAGGAGGAAGCAAAGUUGGACGAUACAGUGGUCGCACCUUCAAAGGUAACAUCAAAUGGAAAGUCACUUGGCAAGGUUGAAGUCAUGGCACGAUUGCCAGGUCGAGCGAAAGCAUUGAACGACAAAAAGACAACAGCGAGAGAGGUGGGCGAGGAGGGCGACAUUGUGGCCGUCAGACAGGGCAAUGUGUUUGGUACCAGCUUCCACCCAGAGUUGACGGGAGAUGCACGGAUUCACGUGUGGUGGGUCAAGCAGGUGCUACAGGCUUUGCAGUAA